UUUAGUCAAAAAUUUCAAACUUUAACUUAAAACAAAUAGUAGAAGUAAGGGAGUAUUAUCAUAGUUUCACUGAAGAACUCAACAGCAGCACAACCACCUUGCGGAAAGUGACACGGAGUCAGCAGCGAGGCAAACAGCCAGCGCGAAAUAAAGUCAAUCCCCACCAGCCGGACAGCGAUCAGCAGAGGUUAGACCAAAGCCACGCACCAGAUUCAGAUUUGGGAGCAAAUAUUUUUCAGAAAAGAAGGAGAAUUCAGAGCUGCAGAUGCAGAUGAGAUCUACUUGAAGGAGGAAGACCAGAUCGAGAAGAGAUUGAGCAGCAGCAGCAGCAGCAAGAAACAUGGCGAUGAUGUCGCCGAAGCAGCUGCUGACCACCAUCCUCAUCGUCUUCUCCACGCUCUCCUUCAUCAAGCUGCUGCUCCUCACCCACUCCGCAUCGUCGUCGCCCGCGCGCCCCGGCCGCUCCGCCUGGGACGCCGGCGGGUCCGGCAACGGCAACGGCACGGCCGCCAGGGACGGCCUGAACGCCAAGGAGUUCGCGCUGCUCCGCUCCGUCGUGGCCGCGCGCGCGCCGUGCGGGCUGCUCGUGUUCGGCCUCUCGCCGCAGCUCCUCGCGCUCGCCGCGGUCAACUCCGGGCAGGGCGCCGCCACCGCCUUCGUCACCGACAGCGCCGAGGACGCGGCCAGCGCGCGGCGCGUGCUCGCGGGGCGCGGCCCCGGCCCCGGCUCGGCGGCCGUCCACCGGGCCAGCUACCCCGACCCGGCCGGGGAGGCGUGGGCGCUGCUGCGGCGCGCGCGGGCGAGCCCGGUGUGCGGGCGGCCGACGGGGACGGUGCGCAAGUCCGGCUGCCGGCUGGCGCUGACCUCGCUGCCGCGGGAGGUGCUCGACGCGCGGUGGGACGUGGUCGUCGUCGACGGGCCGAGCGGGGCCGGGCCCGGGGAGCCGGGGCGGAUGGGCGCCAUAUACACCGCGGCCGCGCUCGCGCGCGCGGCGGGGGGCGGCGCGGUGGACGUGGCGGUGCACGACAUGAACCGGACGGUGGAGCGGUGGUACGCCAGGGAGUACCUGUGCGAGGACAACCUCGUCGCCGCCAAGGGGCGCCUCUGGCACUUCCGUGUCGCCGCCGGCGGGCCGCCGGACGCGUUCUGCUCGACUGCUCCGGUCCAGAUCUUGUAACCUGAGCAAGCGGAGUAAGAUCGCCGGUGGUGCCGUGGUGGGCACGGCAUGUCGGCAAGGAGGACUUCGUCCAGCGGCAGGCCCCGACCAUGGCCACCGGAGUGCUGCACGGAGAGACUGAAAAUCUUGAUGGCGAAGAAAAUGCAGAUUGGUGAAGCUGCUGCAACCAUUUCGCCCGUGGCCAUGUCUGACUGUGUGUGAUCUUGUAAUGUGAUACAGCAACAGAAGAGGCAUGAGUUUGCCUCCAAUCUAAAAAUUCGCAUGUUUUUCGUGAGA